CCUCACAAAUCACAACACAAAAUCUUGUAUCGUCUUUCCUCCAAAGCUACAGAUCAUAAAUCCAAAACCACACAUUCUCUCUUGCUUGCACUCCAAAGAAGAAGAUAACAUGGCUACAAACGCAUCAGCUUUGCUCACUCCCGCAACAACCUUCUCCACCGCAAUCUCCAAGAACACCCCAAAAUCCAUCUCCUUCCACGGCCUCCGUCCCCUCCGUCUCGGUGGCUCCUCCUCCGCCUUCCCAAAGCUAUCCACGACCGUCGGAAGAAGAUCAUCCUCCUCCACGGUCGUGAGAGCAGAACUCAGCCCAUCUGUCGUCAUAAGCCUCAGCACCGGUCUCUCCCUCUUCCUAGGCCGGUUCGUCUUCUUCAACUUCCAGAGAGAGAACGUGGCGAAACAGGUUCCGGAGCAGAACGGGAAGACCCACUUCGAAGCCGGAGAUGAUCGUGCUAAGGAAUACGUAAGCCUCUUGAAGUCGAACGACCCCGUUGGAUUCAACAUCGUGGAUGUUCUUGCUUGGGGUUCUAUUGGUCACAUCGUUGCUUACUACGUCUUGGCCACUUCUAGCAAUGGCUAUGAUCCUAGCUUCUUUGGCUGAUUAUGUUUCGUGUUUGUGUUUAACUUGUAUCGCAAGCUACCUAAUCUAUUAUACUUCUUCCUCUUUUGUUUACUGCCUAGGGAUUCUCUCAUUUUUAUAUUUCGUAAUCAACAAAGAGCUGUUUGAAGACUUCAUAAGAAGUUUGGAUCACACCAUUGGAAACAGAGAUAAAAUUCGAUAGUCAUAUAUGGUGAGAAAGUAUGCUUAAGUGCUUAGUUUCUUAAUAUUUUCAUGAAAACAUUGAAAUCUAAUCCACUGGUUUCAGAAAAUUUAUUUACUUUUCGAUAUGCAUUUCAUUAUUGGACCAAGUUUAAUUCAGGAUGUAUUAUUUUAUAUGGCUAACACCAUCCUAAGAUAAAAUUAAAAGUAUGUUCAUACAAAAUUAUAGAGAAAAAAAUUGCAGAAAUAAAAUAAAGAAAGCAAAAUAACUUAAUAUCAAAUUAAAGUUCUCAAAGGGAAACAGAGAAAGAGAG